AUGAACAAUGUUAACAUUGAGGACCCCACUCGUCAGGUUUAUUCAGAAUUAGGAAACUUUAUCCCCACUGGAUAUCAGGAAAAUUAUGAUUGUGAACUAUCACAAAGCACGGUUGCUGCUGGCAGUUGUGGUGUUGGGAAUCAUUUGCCUAUUUUUCAAAAUAUGCUGAGUCAAGUCGAUGAAAAACCGAAAAUACUACUGAUGGGUUUAAGAAGAAGUGGUAAAUCAUCAAUCCAACGGGUUGUUUUUCACAAAAUGGCCCCAAACGAAACAUUGUUUUUGGAAAGUACCCACAAAAUUGAAAAGAAUGACGUAUCUGAAUGCUCCUUUAUCAAAUUUCAAAUAUGGGAUUUUCCUGGUCACAUUGAUUUUUGUGAUGAAACCUUUCAAUCUGAAGCUAUAUUUUUAGCUUCUUGUGCCAUAAUUUUCAUUAUCGAUGCUCAGGAUGAUUAUCAUGCGGCUUUAACCCGCCUACAUGCUACUUUAGAGUCAGCGUUCCGUUUUAAUAUGAAUAUCAAAUUCGAAGUAUUUAUUCAUAAAGUUGAUUGUUUAUCAGAUGAUCAAAAAAUGGAUAUACAACGAGAUAUUACUCAACAUGUGACAAGUGUCUUAGAGGAUUUAUUGUGCGAACAACCGUCGAAUGCUGGAAUUAGUAUAGGAUUUCAUUUAACUACAAUAUAUGAUCAUUCAAUUUUUGAAGCAUUCAGUAAAGUGGUACAAAAAUUAAUUCCUUACUUGGAAGCAUUUGAACAUUUAUUAAAUAUAUUUAUUACAAAUUCUAUGGUGGACAAAGCAUUUCUUUUUGAUGUCACCAGUAAAAUAUAUUUAGCGACAGAUUCAAAUGCAGUAGACAUGCAGACGUAUGAAUUAUGCUGCGAUAUGAUUGAUGUUGUCGUAGAUGUAGCAGCAAUCUACACUCCCCAAUCUAAUUUUGUUGAUCCGCCUGUAUCUGAGCAAACUGGGGCAACAAUUAUCUUAAACAAUGAUAGAGCAUUAUAUCUUCGUGGCGUCAAUCAGUAUAUGGCUCUAGCUUGUUUGAUGUAUGAAGAAUCUUUAGAGAAAAUGGGUUUAAUAGAAUUCAAUUUCUGUGUCAUUAAGAAUGCAUUACAACAAAUGCUUGAAUUGAAUCAACAACAUGCAAAGCGAGAACUAGCUGCUUUGUUGAUACCCCAACCGUCUUCAGAUCCUAUACCAGAAGAUGAAGAGCCAGUAAACGAACUUGAUUCGAGUGGAAAGGAUGAAGAUGGGCAGGAAGUUAGUGAUGGAGAACCAAAAUAUAAAAAUAGAGAUGUAAGAAGAGAAUAG